UCAUCAUCUCAGGAGCGCCUGUCUGAAGAGGAGUUGGAAAAUCUCGUAGCCGAGCUUGUGGAAAUCGAGAAAAGAUCUGCCGAGGCGCAAGAGGCGCUGGAAGAGGAGCCUCUGGUCGAAGUAGAAGCGGAUGUUAGGGAAGAAUUAGCCCGGUCCCUCUCUGGUGAUCAAUUGGAGAAGGCUAUUUGUGAGGAGAUGUCAUUGUACAAAGAAGAGUGGGAAUUGAAGCUCGAUGAGCUCGAGAAAGAGAGUGCUUAUCUACUGGAGCAGCUUGAUGGUGCUGGAAUCGAUCUUUCCAGUUUGUACAAGUGGAUCGAGAAGGAAGUUCCUAACAGCUGCCGCACUGAAGCAUGGAGAGGGAGGACUCACUGGUUUGGGACUGAGAUAUCAGAGGAAGCUACAAGAUCAGUCAAAAAGGCGGAGGAGUAUCUCAUGAUCCACAGGCCUGUGAGAAGAUGGCAAGGCGCAAGUGGCUUCCUCGGGAAGAAAAUUGGAAACUGUGAUGGUAGUGCAAGUGGAGACGAAAGCUUGAAUAAAGAUUGGGAAGCUUUUAACAUAUUGUGCUCAGAAACGGCGUCUAGCAAGCACUGGGCUGCUGUCUACCAUGCCAGCACCCCGAUGCAGGCUGCUGAACUCGGCCUAAAAUCUGCUGGAGUUGAUGAGGUGGAGGAGAUUGGUGAUGUCGAUGGUGCUUCAAGAGAUCCAUUCGUUGUAGAAGCUAUAGCAAACGAAAGGGAUCUCAGUCUUACUCUUAACCAAAUCAGAAAUUUUAAAAAGAUUAAAGAGGAGGAUGAUGUUAAGGAUGAUCUCAAGCUCUGUAGGAAAGAAACGAUGCGUAAAAAGCGAAGCAGAAAGGGAGAGCUUACCUCGAUAGACGAGGAGAGCCGUAUGGAUGCCUUCAUGAUUCAUGACGAUGGCUCUACUAAGGAUGCGGUUGAAUACCUGCAUGAUUCGUCUGAUGAGAGGAAUGGAGUAGUUGUAUGCUUUAGUUCUGAAUCUGGUUCAGGCAACAAAGCCAAUGUCAACGGGAGGCGGGAUAUGAGAAAAUCUGAUGUUGUUGUUAUCUCAAGUUCUGAUUCUGAUUCAUAUGCGGAUGCCAACGACAACUCCAGUGUUAAGACAAGGAAAAAGAUUCGGAGAAUCCUCGAUGAUGGCGAGCUGGGGGAGGAGACACAGAAGAAAAUCGCAAUUGAAAAGGAACGUCAAGAGCGCCUUCGAUCUUUGGAGGUUACCGAAUUCGUGACAGUUGGAGAAGGCGUUGGAGCUGGACAUGAAGCCCAGGACAAUGCCUCCUCGGGCCACAUAAUAAACUUGGUGAGGGAGGAAGGCGAAGAGGCUGUGAGGAUUCCUCCGAGCAUCUCAACCAAACUAAAACCCCAUCAGAUUUCAGGGAUCCGAUUCUUGUGGGAAAAUAUCAUUCAGUCAGUGGGGAAAGUCAGAUCCGGAGACAAAGGUCUUGGUUGCAUUCUUGCACAUAUGAUGGGGUUAGGAAAGACGUUUCAGGUCGUUGCGUUUCUCUACACGGCUAUGAGAUGCACGGACCUUGGGCUGAAAACAGCACUCAUCGUGACUCCAGUAAGCGUGCUACAUAACUGGCAUCACGAGUUCUCAAAGUGGAUACCAUCGGAGCUGAGACCUCUUCGUAUUUUCAUGCUUAAAGAUGCUCCACGGGAGAAGAGGCUCGAGUUGCUAAUGAAGUGGAGAACCGAGGGUGGGGUCUUCUUGAUCGGCUACUCUGCUUUCCGUAAUUUAUCAUCCGGGAAGUAUGCCAAGGAUCCGAACAUGGGGAGGGAAAUCAGCCACGCACUUCAGGUUGGACCGGACAUCCUCGUGUGUGACGAGGCUCACACGAUCAAGAACACCAAGGCCGAAACGACCAAGGCCCUCAAGCAAGUCAAAUGCCAGAGACGGAUUGCACUGACCGGAUCACCUCUUCAGAACAAUUUGAUGGAGUACUAUUGCAUGGUUGAUUUUGUUAGAGAAGGCUUUCUUGGCUCCUGCACCGAGUUUAGGAACCGCUUCCAAAAUCCCAUUGAGAACGGCCAGCACAGCGAUGCUACAUCGGAGGAUGUCAAGAUAAUGAACCAAAGAUCGUACAUUCUGUACGAACAGUUGAAGGGAUUCGUGCAUCGGAUGGGAGACAGCAUUGUCAAAAACGACUUAUGCCCCAAAACCGUUUUUGUCAUCGAGGUAAAGUUAUCUACUCUCCAGAGGAAGCUGUAUCGAGGCUUCCUCAACUUUCAUGGCUUCACGAAGGGCAAGGAGUCUGGCGUCAAGAAAUCUUUCUUCGCGGGCUACCAAGCCUUAGCUCAGAUAUUGAACCAUCCCGGCAUUCUGCAACUGAGGAAAGAAAACAAAGACCAUAGCAAAUUUGACGGUGUAGAGGGCUCGGGUGAUGAGAAUAUCGAAUGCAACAUGGUAUCGAAAGAGAAGGUAGAUAAUCCUCACAAGAAACGUAGCAACGAUUAUGAUGAUGAAGAGUGGUGGAGUGGUCUUUUGCCAGAAAAGACUCUCAAUGAGGUCGAUUGCAGUGGCAAGAUGGUGUUUCUAUUUGAUAUCCUCACAAUGUGCUCGGAUAUGGGCGAUAAGGCGCUCGUCUUUAGCCAAAGUUUGUCGACUUUGGACCUAAUCGAACAAUAUCUUUCGAGAUUGCCUCAACCUGGAGAGAGCGGAAGAUGUUGGACGAAGGGGGAGGACUGGUACAGAUUAGACGGAAAAAUGGAAAGCUCGGAGAGGCAGAAGUUGGUGGAUAGGUUCAACGAAGCACGUAACGAAAGGGUGAAAUGUGUAUUGAUUUCUACGAGGGCCGGAUCUCUGGGGAUCAAUCUUUAUGCAGCUAAUCGAGUCAUCAUAAUCGAUGGCUCGUGGAACCCGACGUAUGAUCUUCAAGCUAUAUACCGGGCUUGGAGGUAUGGUCAGACGAAGCCGGUCUUCGCCUACCGUUUGAUCGCUCAAGCGACAUUGGAGGAGAAGAUCUACAAACGUCAGGUGAACAAGGAAGGCCUUGCAGCGCGGGUUGUCGACAAGCAGCAAGUCCACAGGGCCAUUUCUAGGGGAGAAAUGGUGGAUUUUUUUGAUUUUGCAGACGAUGAGAGUGCUGUUGUAUCGUGCGAUUUGGGGCACGAGGGGGACGUGGAUAAUCCGGAUACUGCGGGUCGCGUGAGGGAUAUGUUGAAGCAGCGCCGGCCGCCUUCUCUUGGAGCUUCUUCGGACAAAGUAAUGCAGAGUUUGCUCAGCAAACAUCAGCCCAGAUGGAUUUUGAGUCAUCACGAGCACGAGGCGCUCUUGCAAGAGAACGAAGAUGAGAAGCUCUCGAAAGAGGAGCAAGAUUCGGCGUGGGAAGUGUACAGGAAGACGCUCGAAUUGGGGGCAGUCCCGCGCGUUUCUCCAAACGAUCGUUCAACUGAUCAGCAUAAGGUCUCCAUCGAUCAAUUCGUACUGCAGAGUUCAGCGGUUGUGUCUGCAGUUGAGUCGAAGCCAGUGGAUUCCUCAUCCGAUACAGCACGGGACACGAGCUGCGACGGGAAGUGCACGAAGGUGAUGCAUCAACUAACAUUAAGGAGUCAAGGCACGAAGAUAGGUUGUAGCACCAUUUGUGAAGAAUGUGGGCAAGAAGUAAGUUGGGAACUUUUGGGUGUAUAACUUCUUCAUUAAUCUCUCUGUGUAUUUUGGUGCCUUUUUACUUGUCCAGUCAUUUUGAAUUGUGUAUGGAUAUAAGCAUACUACAUUCUGUGGAAACACCAUA